CGACAGCGCGAGAGGGUCUGGUACGAGGCUACACAAUGGGAGGAAGAAAUUUACCAUGUUGUGAGAGUAAUGAAGAGGACAAGGAUCCAGUCGAUUAUGCAUGGAAGAAACCCAAACAACCAAACGUCAUGUUCGACCCUUCGAAGCCCAUCGACAACAUCGAGGAUCUCCUCAAACAAUCAAAGAAAGGACAAGUUCUCAUGUUGUUCGUCCAAGUGGCAGGCGACGUGACCAAACCACAAGCAGAGAAGAUCACCGGCCAAUGGCAAUCGUCUCUAUUCAACUGAAACAUUCAGAUCCAGAGAUACAUGAUAGACGACAUGAAAGCCAUCUUUCUACUUGAAGAUGGCAGUUUGGCUUGGGACGUAAAAGACUAUCUCAUUCAACAACCUGAGUGUCGAAGUGUGGAAAUUGAGCAAAAGACGUAUUGGAGCAAGGGGGCAAGACAAGCAGAUAAAGAUGCAGAGGAGAAGAAAAGUGACGAGAUAAAGAAAAAGGCGGCACAAACAGCCGUACCGAAGCCAACAGAAGAGAAACCAAACGAACAGAGAACGAGCGAAAAGAGGGCGGGGUCUAGUGGAAGUCAACAUAGCAAGGAUGAUCUAUAGUGAGGGAUGUGCUGUAUUGAGUGAGAGGAACUGAGUGUAAUAUUUCUUACGAUGGAAAGUUUCGAACCAUCACAGACUCAUGAUCAACAUCGGUUGUGUACAUCAAAUCAACUUCAUCGUCACAGAUCACGAACAGCUGUAGGUUAUUCUUGCAUUGCAUUGCAAGAGAUUUCCUAAUUAAUUAAAAACUGUUUUCAAUAGGUAUUGGACUAAAACGUUUAACCCGAUUAUUAGGAUAAAAAAGGGCACGAAUUAAUUAGCUAUUUGCAAAUUAAAUAAUUAAUUAAUUAACUCAUUGACAGUGAGUCGAAUUUAAUACAUUUAUUG